GGAAGCCGUGUAGUCGUACCUCGUACGUGCGGGGUUUAAUUAAUAAAUUAGCAACACCUAGCUAGCUACUGGCCAGCCAUGGCACAAGGAGUGAUGCUGUGGUAUGAUGAUCUCCUAGCAGUUUUAGUACUUUCCGUGCUGGUGGGUACGUCGACGGCGGCGAACUGCGGUAGGAAGUGCGGCGACGUGCGCAUCCCCUUCCCUUUCGGCAUCGGCGUCGACUGCGCCUGGCCGGGCUUCGACCUCUCAUGCAACCAUAGCUUUACCCCUCCCAGGCCGUACACGGGCAACGUAGAGAUCAAGGACAUCUCGCUGGAGAAGGGGGAGAUGCGCGUGUACACUCCCGUCGUGUCCGACUGCUUCACUUCGGACAAUACCACCGAGUACGAAGGAAACGCCUCCUCGUGGGCCUACCUCGGUACGCCGUUCCUGUUUGCGCGGAGCAGGAACGAGUUCACGGCCAUCGGCUGUGGUACGAUUGCGUUUCUAUUGGGCAGGGACGAUGCGAGCUACUUGACCGGCUGCAUCACGACGUGCGCGAGCUUGGAUGAGGCCGCCCACGACGGUGAGCCCUGCACGGGGCUGGGUUGCUGCCACGUGCCUUCCAUCCCGCCCAACCUUGGCAUCUUAAAUAUUUCCUUGGGCGAAAGCAUCGUUAACCCAGCUUGGAAAGACAGCCCCUGUAGCUACGCCUUCGUGGCCGAGCAAGGCUGGUACAAUUUCAGCCGGCAAGAUUUUAGUCGUUCCGGCAGCAAGAGCUUCGUCAACAGUACUGGAGAAAGACGUGUCUCAACAGUGCUUGACUGGGCCAUCAGAAGAAAUGGAUCGUGCUCAUCAGCAACAGGGGCUCCUGCUUGUGUCAGCGCCCACAGCUACUGCGUAAACGCUACCAACGGGGAUGGCUACCUAUGCAACUGCUCCACGGGAUACGCCGGCAAUCCCUAUGUCACCGGCGGAUGCAUAAAUAUUAAUGAGUGCGAGCUUAGGAGAGAAGAGCCUACCAAGUAUCCCUGUUACGGUGGUAGCAGAUGCUAUGACACAGAGGGUGGUUACAAGUGCAAGUGCCGAUUUCCACAUAGAGGGGAUGGUAAAAUCGACAAGGGAUGCAAACCCAUACUUCCAGCGACCGUAGUCGCAACAAUAGCAACUGCUGUCGCCGGAGGUAUUCUGGCAUUCGUGGUGCUGUACAUUCUCAAGGAGCAUAGGAGGCGGCAGCGAAAUAGAUCAUUUGACAAAAAUGGUGGCAACAUACUGAACAAGAUGAUGGACAUCAAAAUCUUCAGCGAAGAGGAGCUGAAGAAGAUGACAAAAAACUACUGUGAGAAAAGAAUGAUUGGGAAAGGCUACUUUGGUAAGGUUUACAAGGGGAUCACCCAGGACAACCAGCAGGUUGCUGUGAAGCGCUUUGUCAGAAACGGCCAUGAGCUUAACAAACAGGAUUUCGCGGAUGAGAUAACGAGCCAGGCUCGGAUCCAGCAUGAGAAUCUGGUCCGUCUAGUCGGGUGCUGCCUGCAUACGGAUGUGCCCAUGCUGGUUCUGGAGCUCAUCCCCAAGGGUAGCCUCUACGAAAAGCUCCAUGGCGAUGGUCGGCAUACGCAUCUCCCGCUACCAACUCGCCUCGACAUCGCCGUUGGCUGCGCCGAAGCUUUAGCAUGCAUGCACUCUAACAUUGGCCACAAAAGCGUCGUCCAUGGGGACGUCAAGUCCGGCAAUAUUCUUCUUGGCAACAAUCUAGAGCCCAAGGUCUCUGACUUUGGAUCGUCCAAGCUCAUGUCAGUCGCCAAGUCUGAUAACUGGUCCGUGAUGGCUGACAUGAGCUACAUCGAUCCUGCCUACAUCAAGACAGGCCGUUUCACGGAGAAGAGCGACGUGUACAGUUUUGGAGUGGUGCUCCUGGAACUCAUCACCCGGAAGAAAGCCUUGGACGACGACAGAGAAAGCCUCCCGUUAAACUUUGCCAAGUAUUACAAGGACGACUACGCGAGAAGGAACAUGUACGACCAGAACAUGUUGUCAUCAACCGAUGAUGCUCUGCGGCCUCGCUACAUGGAAUGCCUCGACAGGAUGGCCAACAUUGCGAUUCGGUGCCUUAUGGAGGAUAUUGACGAGAGGCCGACCAUGGCGGAGGCGCUGGAGGAGCUCAAGCAGUUGAGUGCAAGCCUGAACGUGACCUAGCUUGAUAACCACAACGACGACGAUGGUCAACGAACGCAUGUAGAAUUAAAGCUUUCGAUCGAUAUAUCGUUUGUUUCGUCAAUGAUCAUUUCGUUUUACCUCGUCAUUAGUUUCUCCUCAAUCUCUCAACAGAUAUGAAGUAUACUUUGGUUUGGUUAAGGCUAUCAGUAGGUAAGAUUAUUACGUUACAUAUUUUCUAUAUGCGCUUGUGGUGUGAUCUACAUAUAUAAUGUUGUACCUUUCGCGCUGUAAGCUACUAUUACUUUGAACAAUUCGGUUGUGAUAUCAUGAAUAUAUGUAAUGCAACAUGAUUUAAGGUUUCGAGGUGCGUGCAUGCUGCAGUACUCCUGAAAUAUAUGAGAUUAAAUUAA